UUUAUCUCUCCCCUGAGUUAAACUCUGUAGCCCUAAUAUACAAAAGGAAUUACAAAUUUACAGCCAUUUCUCUGAGCCUAAAAGGCAGCAUAAAAAAACCUACAAAAAUUUCGUUAAAUUCUGUAAACCUUAGACCGACAACAAUCGACUUGUUGCAGAAGAAAAAGUUUAAAUCUUUGGGCUGUAUUCUAGCUGUUCCUGCAGGUUGUAAAGCUAAGAGGAAAAAGAUGGAAAACGGAGGAGGGCCCAAUGAAAUCCCAGAAAAUGCUCCUGAACAUUGUCCAGGUCCACAAUCUGAAACAGCAGGAAAAUCGGAUGCUUGCCAAGGAUGCCCCAAUCAGGAAAUUUGUGCUACUGCUCCUAAAGGCCCUGACCCAGACUUGGUGGCAAUAGUAGAAAGAAUGGCAACUGUGAAGCACAAAAUACUGGUUUUAUCUGGCAAAGGCGGAGUUGGUAAGAGUACAUUCUCAGCUCAACUUGCUUUUGCAUUGGCAGCUAUGGAUUUUCAAGUAGGUCUCCUUGAUAUUGAUAUAUGUGGCCCCAGCAUCCCAAAGAUGCUUGGUCUAGAAGGACAAGAGAUUCACCAGAGUAACAUUGGAUGGUCCCCUGUUUAUGUUGAGUCUAACCUUGGGGUUAUGUCAAUUGGUUUCAUGCUUCCCAACCCUGAUGAAGCUGUCAUAUGGAGAGGUCCCCGCAAGAAUGGUCUAAUUAAGCAAUUCCUCAAAGAAGUUUAUUGGGGAGAGCUUGAUUUUCUUGUGGUUGAUGCUCCACCUGGGACCUCAGAUGAGCAUAUUUCAAUUGUUCAAUUCCUACAAGCAACUGGAAUAGAUGGUGCAGUUAUCGUCACAACCCCACAACAGGUAUCACUGAUAGAUGUGAGGAAAGAAGUUAGUUUUUGCAAGAAAGUUGGGGUGGAGGUUCUUGGUGUUGUUGAGAACAUGAGUGGUCUGUCCCAACCACUCACAGAAUUCAAAUUCAUGAGAAUGACAGAGACCGGUGAGCAAAAAGACAUGACCGAGUGGGCCAUAGCUUAUAUGAGAGAAAAAGCCCCAGAAAUGCUAAACUUGGUUGCCUUUAGUGAAGUUUUUGAUAGCAGUGGUGGAGGUGCUGCAAAGAUGUGCGGUGAUAUGGGUGUCCCUUUUCUUGGGAAAGUACCACUUGAUCCUCAGCUAUGUAAAGCAGCUGAAGAAGGGCGAUCUUGCUUUUCAGAUGAUAAGUGUCGUGCAAGUGCCCCCGCACUCAAGAUGAUAAUAGAAAAGAUGUUGGCUCAGAAAAUGAUCUCAAGAACAGAGAAUGGAGCAUAGUAUUUAUUGCUUUUUUAAGGCUUUCUAUACCUUUUCUCUUAUUAAGUUCUGGUACUUGUGACCAACCUUUUGUUCGUAAGGCAACUUUUAUCACUCCCGAUAUGGAUGUAUGAUGUGGAGUAUUAAAUUUUAGUGGUUUAGAUACGAUGAUUUGUGAAAUGAACAAGUUUGUUCCCAAUGAUAGUUGAAUAGACUGAUGAAUAAUGGAUGAGAAAUGUUAUCUCCUGUGA